AUGACAUCGAAGAUACCAGAGUGUCCAAUCUGCUUUGAACAUUACAAUGACCAAAGCAAAUGUCCUCGGCUUCUGAGUUGUGGACACAGCUUCUGCUCAAGCUGUCUGGAGAGACUUCUCCAUGGUAACACCAUUGAUUGUCCCACAUGCAGAAAUCCUGGUGCUGUUCCUACUGGGGUGGAAGGACUGUUAAAGAAUUUUGCAUUAUUGGACCUUGUGAAUGACACACCCAAAGAAAAUGUUGGGAGUAAUACAGGCUCACAUGAUUGUGAAGCUUGUGGUGAGAAGCACGCUGCAAAUUUCUGCUGCCUUGACUGCAAAGAAAACAUGUGCAAAACUGCAGCUCAGUUUCAUACUCGCAACAAGGCAAGUCGCGAUCAUCAAGUUGUCUCCCUCGAGGAACUGGAAGCAAACCCUCAGCUCACUUCUGCAUCCCUCAUAUGCCAAAAACACAACGAUAAAUUCCGGUUUUUUGAUGAGAAAUGUGGUCAUGCAGUUUGUAGAGAAUGCAUCGCUCUUGAACACUUUGGUCACUUGUGUUUACCACUUGCUGAAACUGCCUCAGAGUAUGGAAAUGAAGUGAAAGAUCUAAUAAAAAAGACUAACAUGUGGAAACUGGAUCAGCGGUUGAAUAUGAACUGGAAAAGGCUCAACUUGAAAAGGAGGUGGGAUACCUACAAGGCAUCCUUAAAAAGGUAA